AUGGCAGCGGCACCUCCCGCGACGGCUCUCGAGGCGCGCGCGAUGGCGCUGGCCACCAACUCGCCCGAGCAGCUGGCGAAUCAUCUCCGUGUCACGCAGGGCAAAGUGCGCACGCGGUUCCCGCCCGAACCCAACGGGUAUCUGCACGUGGGCCACGCCAAGUCCAUGCACAUGAACUUCUUCGAGGCCUUUGAGAAGCUCCGCGUGCCGCUAGAGCAGCGUGAGACAUUUUUCCGCUACGACGACACGAAUCCAGAGGCCGAGAGCAGCGAGUACAUUGCUGCGAUUGCACAGAACGUGCGCUGGUUAGGGUACAGCCCCACGCGAGUCACGUACAGCAGCCAGUACUUCCAAGAGCUCUACGAUUUGGCUGUGCAGCUGAUAGAGAAGGGAAAAGCUUACGUCUGCCACCAGAGCAAAGCGGAGAUCGAGGCCUCACGGCUCGUGCUGCAGCAGUUCCAUGCCACGCCCGGGGUCAAGUACGAACAGGACGUGGCUGACGCUGGCAGAUCGCCCUUUCGGUCCCGGUCUAUUGCGGAGAAUGUCGCGGAGUUUGACAAGAUGCGGCGGGGAGAGUACGGAGAAGGCGAGGCGUGUUUGCGCAUGAAGAUGGACUUGGGAAGCCCGAAUCCGAACAUGUGGGACCAGGUGGCCUACCGCAUCAAGUUUGUGCCACAUCCACAUGUGGGCGACAAGUGGUGCAUCUACCCGACGUACGACUAUACGCACUGCAUUGUCGACGCUCUGGAACACAUUGACUACUCGAUCUGCACGCUCGAGUUUGAAACGCGGCGCGAGUCGUACUACUGGCUGCUGCAUGAGCUGAAUCUGUUCAAGCCCAAGGUGUACGAGUUUGCUCGUCUCUCGAUGACGUACACGGUGCUCAGCAAGCGGAAAUUGCUCAAGCUCGUCAUGUCUAACGCAGUGCGGGGAUGGGACGAUCCGCGCAUGAGCACACUCAAUGGACUUCGUCGCCGCGGCUUCACGCCUGAGAUCAUCAAGCAGUUCUGCAAAGAGAUUGGGGUGACUCGUGUACAGUCGACGAUCCAGAUUGAGCGACUCUAUUCGGUGGCCCGCAGCAUCCUAGGGGACUCGUCGAAGAGGGUGAUGGCAGUACUUGACCCGAUCGAGCUCGUCAUUGAAAACUUUAGUGCAGCGCCCGAUGAGAGCGCGCUUUUGGUGCGCGUACCAGACUAUCCACAGGAUGUGGAUCGCAACGGCGGUCAAGCGUACCACCACGUGCAAUUAACACCGAAGCUUUUCCUCGACCGCAGCGACGUCCACACGGAAGACUCGAGCGACUUUUUUGGCGUGGCGCCGAACAAGCAGGUGCGAUUGAAGUACGCGUUCCCAUUUACAUGCACAAAGCUGGAGACAGAUGCUCGUGGACGCGUGACGAAGGCGUUAGGUCAAAUGGACUGGACAAGUGCGGCAAAGUCCAAGGGCGUGCUCUCGUGGGUGCCAUCGAAUAGCCCAGAGGUGGAAGUGCGUGUGUACUCGCACCUGUUCACGGUCCCGGAGCUGCCGAGCGAUGUGGAGGACUGGGAGUCGCUUGUGGACUCGAAGAACUCGGAGCGCGUGUAUGCUUCUGCGCGCAUAGACCCCGAGUCACAUGCUACGAAUCUGGACCGCAUCGUGCAGUUUGAGCGCAUUGGCUACUUUGUGGCGGACAAGGACUCGACGAAAGAGAAGCUCGUGUUCAACCAGAUUGUGGCGCUUCGUGACAGCGGCGGUGAGACACCCGGGAGUGCACCUGCAUCAAGUGCUUCUACUGCCAGUCGGAAGGAUGCGCAAAUGCAGCAGCUGGCGCUCAAGAUGGAGAAGAUGAAGGUAGCACCGGCUGAUAUGUUCACGAAGCAGCCCGAGCUGUUCGCGCGCUUCGACGCCGAGGGCUUGCCCACGCACACCGCUGCGGGCGAAGAGUUGACCAAGAGCCAGCGCAAGAAGCUCAAGAAGGAGCAGGAGAAGCAAAAGAAGCUGUACGAGGCUUACUUGGCCAAGGAGAAGACAGCGUCGUCAACGAGUACGACGUAA